AUGUCAAACUUCCUCCGUACGGGUCGCAAGAUCAUUGCGAUUGGUCGCAACUAUGCGGACCACGCUAAGGAGCUUGGAAACGCCAUCCCAAAAGAACCCUUCUUCUUCUUGAAACCUACCUCGUCGUUCAUCUCCCCUGGAGAAGGACCGGUCGAGAUCCCCAAGGGCGUUGUGAUGCACCACGAAGUGGAGCUUGGUGUGGUCAUUGGCAAGAACGGAAGGGAUAUCCCAAUCUCAGAAGCGGACUCGUACAUCGCUGGCUACACACUUGCGGUGGAUCUUACUGCUCGGAAUGUCCAGGAUGCUGUCAAGAAGAAGGGUCUCCCCUGGUCCGCUGCUAAGGGCUUUGAUACGUUCUGCCCUAUCGGCCCUUUCAUCCCCAAAGCAAAGAUUACCGACAUCGCUCAGGUCGGUCUUCAGUUCUCAAUCAACGGCGCUGUCAAGCAGAGCGGCACGGCAAAGGACAUGAUCUUUGACGUUCCCCACUUGAUCUCGUUUGUGUCAGGUAUCAUGAAGCUCGAGGAGGGUGACCUGAUCCUGACUGGUACCCCAGCCGGCGUGGGGGCUGUUGUUGCCGGCGACAAGUUCGAGGCCAAGAUGACAUAUCCAGGAAUCGACGGCGAGGUACUGGACCAGUACGAGUUUGAAGCCGUCGACCGAAAGGGGCUGUACGAGUUCAAGGGAUGA